UACUAACCAACACUACUCACUGGACACAUGAGAAAGCGCAGCAAAACUCGCGACUUCCAAAGAGAAUACAUAAUUAGUUAAUGGUUUAUGGUGACGCGGAGAGGAAACACAAGAUCCAUUUCAAUUAGACCUCUGAGGAACCCUUCUCGGCCUUCUCCAAAAUCUCAGUUCAGAUUAUGUGAACAGCAUCCAUAGGCUCCCAAAUGGAUAACGAGGAGAGUCCGAUGUGCCAAGGAGAGAAGCUUGCUUCAGCUGUAGAUGACACUCUUGAUGAAUAUUUAAUCGCCCUCCAGCACAAAAACAGGAUCCUAAAGCGCCUCAAAGUCAAAGACCCCAAGGAGAUCGAGUUGGAACAUCUUGAGCAAGGUUUUUCAAUUUAUUUAAAUGGAGCCAAUGCUGAAGCCAGUAGGAAGCAGCCCAAGAGCUCCGACCACAAGUCUGUCCCCUCCUCACAUGCUCGACAGCCUGCACGUACAGCAGAUGUCUGUAGAAGCGCCCACCAGCUAACUGAAGACAGCCGUUAUCUGGAGCAGAGCCACAGGAAGAGGAGCCACACUGCCCCAGGAAAGGUCCAAAGGAAAGAAUGGGUGCAGGAUUCUGUCAGAAUUCGAACAGAAGAAGGACCAAGUUUGAAAAUCUCACCAGAAAAACACUACUCGGAGGAUUUUGAGCCCUAUGAAAGCAUAGACAUGGAGAGUUCCAGUCUGCACUCUACUCGUAGUCCCUGCUCCCCGAGGGACAUCUCCAAGGCGUCACGCUCCUUCAGCUCCAGGCCCGAGAGCCAAGGAGGCCAGGCGAGCCAGGAGCACGGUGAGAAGGUGCUACUCAACCUCGAGGAAGUGAAGGUCCUGCGGAGGAGCUUGGAGGUUAGCAUGCGGAGGAGCAACCGCGGCUCAGCGGGGGAGGAGUCAGACGAGGAGUGGGUGGAGGAGCACAUCGAGAGGGAUGAGAGCACUGAGAGUCUGGACGAACUGGGACUGCCUCUCUCGUCUUCCAAGUCGUCCUCCAACCCAGCACCGUCUCGGUCCAGCAGCGAUCUUGACUCGGCAAACCUCAUCGUCCUGGACUUUGGGCCCUCACCUAAAGGUCGUAAGAUUGAACGCUCCCUGUCAGCAAAAAGGAAAGAAAGCAUCGACCCUUUUAUACCUACCAAGCCUAUGUUAGUGAAGAGCAAGACAUUAGAUAGGCCACCUUCCAGAGACAGCUGGGAUGGUCAGAGGCCAAGGAGUCGAGUGGAGAGGCCUCUGUCAGCAGCCAAAAAGGCUUCCGUUGAGGAGCGGGACCCAGAGGACAUGGCAUGCAGGGUACGCCAGGCUAUCCAGAGAGAGAACAAGCCCAUGCAGAGUUUGGAUCUCUUCAGUAGCAACACGGGCAGGGGACACCUGAUGAUGAAUGGCUCGGUGCGCCUCAACAGCCAUGACCAAGAUGAGAACAGUGUCACCAUGGCAAUGAACAGAAUAACACUCAUGGGACAAAGACAACAACAGAAGCUGCUGAAAGCCUUGGAGAAACUUGAAGCAUCACCCAGCAACAACAUAUCUCAGAGUGUCAAAACAGAUUCUAACAAGCAGCCGAGACACCAGUCUUCAAUCGAGGUCACUCCUGCGUUGUAUGUUACCAUGGAGAUCCUGUCAAACUGGGGGAACGCUCUGCAGGUCGGGCUGACUGAGUUGCAGUUUUUCUGCCUCAGAAACAAGAGGCUGUAUGUCUCGCCUCACGACCUGGACAUCAGGAACGCUGACUACCCCGGGAAUCUGGGGUCCCUUGUCAAUGGAAAGAUGAAGACCACCAAAGAGCGUCACAUGUGGGCGUGUCCGUUCCACCCUCCCAUCCAGCUGUACUUCAUCAUCAGGAACACAGAGCGCUCCCCUGACUUUGGAAUAUCUCACAUCAAAAUCUGGAACUACAACAGAAGCCUAAAUGGUAUUGACAUUGGUGCCCGGCACAUAAAGCUGUACCUGAACAGCACGUUGGUGUUUGAAGGCGAGCUGGAGAAGGGCUGCGGCAACCAGGUUUUUGACUACAGCACCACGAUUGACCUCAAGGACUUCCAGGUGUCAGACUCCUUGUAUUCCAGCCCUGUGUCUUCAGGACACAGUCUACGAGGGGCGAGCCCCCAGCGCCAUGACAACAAGAGGGGUGUGGAGGUCAGCAGCAUCCAGAGACUCCCAAAUUCCACUCAGCAGUCCUCAGAUACAGCAGGCCAGGAUAUGAUGGACACACCUCUACCGCCUAUCACUCCCACUUCCUCCGCUCGCCACUCCUCCACACAGAGAAGCUCUUUCGAUCUGUCCGAGGAGCCCCUUUCUCUCAGGCAUCAGUCGGAGCCGCCUGCUCCCAUGGAGCAGACUGUCACCACCCAGCCGUCGUCAACACGGGUUGCUCCCCAGUGGCUGCAGCCCCUGAACCGAGGAGCUCCAGAGGGCUGCGAGGCCGGCAGGGAGAAGCCACGGUGGCUGGUGCCCCAACACUCAGCAGAGCCCAAAUCGCCAUCAUCCUCCUCGUCCUCCUCGAUGCUCCCAGAGCUGCCGUGCAACCCGGCUCGAGUGUGCAGGGGGACGGAGAGGACAACAAACGGGGGUCAGUGGAAGACUAACUCUGUGGACCUGAGCUCUGACCUGCUGGAGGAGCUCGGAGAGCAGAAGCCCGACAGGCCAGUCAGCGGACGCAGGAGCUUUGUCCGAAACACAGCGAGCGCCAGACCGACAGACGAGCAGCACCUCCAUGCUACUGCACAGACAAACACAGAGGAGCCGAUGUCACUGGUGAGCACCAGCAGGAGGCAGAAUGCCGCUCGCUCUCAGCUGCACAGCCAACAGGACGACACCCUCAUGGAGUCCUGGGACUCUCUCACCAAGUUCAACCAGUGCCAGCGUGGACGCAUCUCCAACAUGGGCUUCGAGGGGGACAUCUUUGAUGAGUUCCUCCAGAGGCAGGGACGUGGUCCACCCACAGUCCAGAUGAACCCUUUCGCAGCACCCAGGAGCCCGGUUUCCUCCAUUACGGAUCAGGGGGCCCUUUGUGAAAACCCUGAAGAUGAUCCGUCCAUGGAGCGGGAGGAUGAGUUUGAGAUCCCGGUGCUGCCACACGGCCAAAGGCUGAUCGUCAACAUCCUGUCCACAUGGGGCGACCGCCACUAUGUGGGCCUCAAUGGGCUCGAGGUUUUCAGUUCCAGUGGAGAGCCACUACAGCCCGCUCACAUCCGUGCUGACCCUCCAGACAUCAACAUCCUCCCCGCAUACGGCAAAGACCCACGAGUUGUCACCAACUUGAUCAACGGGGUUAAUCGUACCCAGGAUGACAUGCACCUUUGGCUUGCACCGUUCACCCCUGGUCGAAACCACACCAUCUUCCUGGACUUUGGAGCUUCUCACCAGGUGGCCAUGAUCCUGUGGAACUACAACAAGUCUCGCAUUCACUCCUUCAGAGGGGUCAAGGAGGUGGAAAUGCUGCUGGACGGACGCUGCAUCUUUAGGGGCGAGAUCGCCAAGGCCUCUGGGACCCUGUCAGGAGGGCUGGACCAGUUCGGUGACACCAUCCUGUUCACCACCGACGACGACAUCCUCGAAGCAAUGUCUCGCUACGACGAAACCUUUCUCAGUGAAGGCGAGGGUCCAGAGGGUCUGGUGUGUGAGGAGGAGCUGCAGAGGCCACGUACCGCUGACGGAGAGGGAGAGGAAAGACCCUUCACACAGGCCGGUUUCAGAGAGGAAGAUCUCCAGCUUAAACUCCACCUCAACCCCUCUGUGAGCCAGUGUGAGGAGAACAUGGAGCUCCAUCCUGGGAUGUAUACUGGAAAGUGCCUUAGACUAGAGUUGGUGUUGACCUGGGGGGACUCUCACUACAUGGGCCUGACAGGACUGGAGGUGGUGGGGAAGGAUGGAGAGAGUUUACCUUUAGACCUCAGUAUGAUGGCUGCCUCGCCCAGAGACCUCAACGACCUGCCUGAGUACGGACACGACCUGCGAACACUUGAUAAGCUUAUAGAUGGCAACAAUAUAACCACUGACGACCAGCACAUGUGGCUGAUCCCUUUCUCCUAUGGAGAGCCCCACGUCUUAAACAUGACAUUUACCAAGACCCAGACCAUCGCAGGACUCCGUAUUUGGAACUACAACAAGUCCCCCGAGGACUCGUACAGAGGGGUGAAGGUGGUUCACAUGUUCGUGGACGAUGUCUCCAUCUCUCCGCCCGACGGCUUCCUGAUUCGGAAAGGACCAGGCAACUGUCACUUUGACUUCGCUCAGGAAAUCCUCUUCAUAGAUUUCCUCCACAAGCCCCCUGCCAACCAGGGUGCAGAGGACUACCACAAAGGAAGCUCUAAGAAACAGGAGCAGGCCAGUAUGGAUUAUGAAGCUCCCAUCAUGCCUUGUGGCUUCAUCUUCCAGCUGCAGCUGUUAACAACCUGGGGAGACCCGUACUACAUCGGCCUCAAUGGUCUGGAGUUUUACGACCAGAACCACGAGAAGAUCAACCUCAGUGAAAACAACAUUGCUGCUUUUCCCGACAGCGUGAACGUGCUGGACAAUGUGAGCGGUGAUGUGCGGACUCCAGAUAAAUUAAUAGAUGGUGAGGACAGCACCCACGAUGGAAGACAUAUGUGGUUAGCCCCGGUGCUUCCUGGACUGGUGAACCGUGUGUACGUCAUCUUUGAUCAGCCGGUGACAGUGUCCAUGAUCAAACUGUGGAACUACUCGAAGACACCACACAGGGGAGUGAAGGAGUUUGGGCUGCUGGUGGACGACCUCCUGGUGUAUAAUGGUAUCCUGGACUGUGUGUGCCAGGUGGCGCGAGGCAUUCUGCCCACCUGUGAUUCAUUGGUGCCCUAUCACACCAUCCUGUUCACAGACAACGCCUAUAUUGCACACAGGGAGAGGAACACUGUCAUCAGUAAUUAUGUGGAGGAUCAGGAUGUGAAGAUGACCAAUGAGAACCAGAUAGUCCAUCAUAACAAGAAGAAGCAGACCGCAGAUCCAGCUCUUCGGCCUAAAACCUGCAUGACUGAUGGCGGGAAACAUGGAAAGAGGAGGUACUGACGGACAAACAGACAGAACUUUAAGGGAGGAUAUUUUUCACCAACUUUUUUGUGGUUGACUUUUGAAACCUCCCAAAACGACACUGAAGAGGACGGAGCUGGUGUGAGCACACACUUCUCUUCUCCUUGAAAUGACAACACACGCACUGCGACAUGUCAACAUGUGAGAACAUGUACUGUAUGGUUGUUCCUCCCACAGUGCCAGGAUAACCCUGUGAGGCUGCAUUGAAUCAGCCUCAUUAUUGUGCCUAGUACUACACACUAUAUCUGUGGCUGCUAAUUGUGAAUUUGUGCUGCAUAUUUAAUGCUGCUUGUGGCGUGCAAAUAAUAGAAGAAAAAAAAAAAAAAGCUCUUGGGCCACAUGUCAACACUCUCACAGCCUAUAGGAUCAGCUCUCUGCCUAAUGGGUUUGAUAACUGACUAACACUCCCACCAGUGCACCCCCCACUCACAAUGCUAUGCAGAUACUAAUUGAAAUUGUUAUUUAUAUGUCGGCUAAUAUAUUUCAAAGCCAAAUAUUUGUUUGUUUUCUCCAGUGAGGUUUUCACCUUUAGGAGAUUUCUACUUAUGGCUAAAGUGGUACACUUAUAGUAAAAAAAACAAACAGUAAAGUGGUCAGAUUUUUGUACAUUUCAACUUGAAUGAAACAAAGUACACACUCGAUUCUUCAACAUAUAUUCGGCUUCACAUAAAUUAUGUCUUUGUUUUUUUUCUGCUUUGCAUCAGGUAGAAAAAACAAACAAACUUGUUUGCAAUCCAAGUGACCUUUAUUGAAGUUGCGAUGAAAGGUAGGCAAACACUUCUUGAGCCAGUAAAGCGGUUUUUAGUCUUUUACUUUGAAAAACCAAAAUGUAGUUUUGCUGGCUUAGAUCUUGAGUAGAUUCAGUAACUGGCAACUUCUCAUAUGCAAAUACUAUAACCUUACCUCAAAUUGAGAAGAAUGAUGGAUAAAAAGGGAUUCAUCUAAUUCUACCUUCACUAUUAAACUUGGUGUUGUACUCUUCAUUUGUUCAUCUGUUCUAACGUGUUGCAUGAAAGUCUCCUCAGCGGUUAUCACCCUUCAAUAUUUCAGUGGAGGAGUUUUUACUGCUGCUUCUUUGAGCCCCGAUAUGAACGAAUUCACACUCCUUACUGAUGAUGGGAGUUAGGUGUAAAUGAAAUGCAGUUUUAUGUAUUUAAUUUCAGUGUGUUGCACUGCAUCAACAGUCAUCACUCUGGCGGUGGCUAUUUUUGUUGGUGCAACAUUUAGUGUUUUAAAAUAUUUAAUUAUUUUUCUAAUCCUGAUUAAAUAUGUAUAUUUGUUGUAGGUUUAUUUGAAUGAAUAAAAUGUAAAACAAA